AUGGAAGCUCCAUCACAAGUUAUAGAAUAUAUAUCAAAAGAAGUAAUACUAAAUAAUUCACCAUUAUCAUAUCAUAAAUUAUCAAGAAAAUGUAAAAUUCCAAUAUCAAAAUCAAAAAAUUUAUUAUAUGAAUAUUAUGAAAAAAAUAAAGAAAAAUUAAUUGCAACUUUUAUAACUACUGGUAUAACAGAAAAUGAUAAGAGAUUGAUAAAAUAUUCAAAUAAUGAAGAUGAGCUUGAAAAAGAUUUGAAAAAAUUCAAAGAAAUUUUUACAAUUCAUAUUUUUUGUAUUAUCAAAAAUGAUUUAGUUUUAACAAAAAAUGAAAUUGCAAUAAAUGAAUUAACUACCAAAAGUUCAUUUAAUGAAAUUAAAGAAUAUGAAAAAUUAGGUAUAAUUAUUGGUCCUGAAAUUUCAGAAUUAGAAAUUGAAGAACAAAGACAACAACAAUCAAAUAUCCCAUCACCUAAAAAACAACCACCAACACUUAAGAGAGAAGAAAAGAAAGAAGAUAAAAAAUCAAUUAAAAGUGCUGGAUUAUCUUCAUCUUACGUAUCUAGAAAAGAUCAAGCUAAACAACAACAGCAACAAAAACAACAGCAAAAACAAACUAAAACAAACUCACUUAAAAGAUCAUCAACUGAAUUAGAUUCAAAACCUACAUCUACAUAUCAAUAUAAAUCAAGAAAAGCAGAACUGAAAAAACCAAAAGAAAGAGUAAUAGUAUAUAAUAUUGAUGAUAAUAAUGCAAAGGAUGGAGAAACUGAUAAUGAUGAUGAUGAUAACGCCAAUGAUAAUGAAUUAAAAAAGAAACAAACCACACCUUCAACUACUAAUCUUGAAGAUAUUUUUAAUGAAGAUGAUGAUUUUGAAUUUAGUGAUGAAGAAGAAAAUAAUAAUCAAAAAGAAGAAGUUAUAAAUGAAUCAGAAACUGUAGAUGAACAGGAACAAAAAGAGGAAACUGAACAAAACCAUGAUCAAAAAGAUGAAGAACCAGAAUUGUUCGUCACGGAAGAACCAGAGGAAGAAGAAGAAGAAAAACAAGAAGAAGAGCCAGAAUUAAUUGAAGAAGUAGAUGAAGAAGGUUAUACAAUUACAAAAAGAAAACCAAGAUCAGUAACAAAACCUCAAAAACAAAAAUUUAAACCAAAAGCAAUAAAUAAAAUGGUACCACCAAAACAACCUAAAAAAUCAAAUGAUAGUGCUGCUAACAAGAAGAAAACUCAAAGUUCAUUAAUGAGUUUUUUUGGUAAGAAAUAA